AUGGUAAGUAAUUUCGUUGGCAACCAUUCAAUAUGGAAUAACAAGCCGACUUUAUUCUCAAAAGGCGAGGGUCUGGCCAUUGCACCUUCUCCAAGACCUCCUUGGGUAGUAAUUGUCCCCUUCGCACUGCCUGGGGAGAAAAUCCGUGCCCGAAUUUAUCGAAAUGCAAGGUUGCACUCCUUCGCUGACUUCUUGGGUGUUGUGCAACCCAAUACGUCUAUGCGCGACAUGAACCGAGUUCGCUGCAGGUAUUUUGAAAAAUGUGGUGGAUGCCAAUAUCAAAUGCUUUCUUACGAAACUCAGCUUGACUUGAAACGGGACGUUGUUGCUCGAGCGUACGAGACAUUCUCAGGUUUACCAUCUUCGUCCGUUCCAGUCAUCCUUCCAACUGCACCUUCGCCACUCCAAUAUGGAUAUCGGACGAAAAUCACACCUCACUUCGAUGCGCCUGUGAAAAGGGCUCGUAGCAAAAAGCAAAAAGCCGAAGCUGAAGCCGCUCCAGAACCUUUCCCUGAGGGAAAGACAGUUCCCAUCGGAUUCAACAAGGUCGGGACGCGGGAAGUUUUGGAUAUUGAGGAAUGCCCUAUUGCUACUCCCGUAAUCAACAGUGCAUUAGGUCCAUUGCGGACUGGUAUCCUGGAGAAGCUGCACACCUAUAAAAAGGGCGUCAGUCUCCUUUUGCGCGACUCCCUUCCUAUCCCUCCUGAAAGUUCAGAAAAACCCUCUGAACCAGAAGAACACAUAUGCAUUACGGAUCAUCGAGGAAAGGUCCGCGAGAAGGUUGGCGAUAUGCUCUUUGAGUACAAUGCCAGCUCUUUCUUCCAGAAUAACAACUCCGUCCUCGUCUCUCUCGUUGAAUAUGUCCGAGCCGCUAUAUUCCCGUCUAGCGAAAAGCACAACGAUAAUACGGAAGAUACGACGACACCUGCACGAACGGCACCAACUCAUCUCGUUGACGCAUACUGCGGCGCAGGCCUCUUCUCAAUAAUGCUCUCGCCGUACUUCGAGACCAUCGCAGGCAUCGAGCUCUCCUCAGAAUCCAUCGCCGCUGCAACCCACAAUGCGAAACUAAACAAGCUCCCCGCUGGACGAGUGACGUUCCGCACUGGUGAUGCUGCGCACAUCUUCGCCUCCGUACCAGAUUUCCCGCCUUCCUCGACCGCAGUGAUCAUCGACCCACCGCGCAAAGGCUGUGAUGAGAAUUUCCUCGACCAAUUGUUAGCCUUCAGGAGCACGACGGUUGUUUACGUUAGCUGCAACGUACAUACUCAAGCUAGGGAUGUAGGCAUCUUGUUGAGAAAGAGCGCAGCUGAGGUGGAGAAGGGUGAGAAAACGGGGAAGUAUGUGUUGGAGAGCGUUCGUGGAUUUGAUCUUUUCCCGCAAACUGCUCAUGUAGAGUCAGUCGCAGUCUUGCGGUUAAUCUAG